CACGCCUAGACGGCGAAUUGAGAGGUAGUAUUUAAUUUGAACCCUCCUAUGCAAUCCUGACUGUCAUGUUGCUGAGUUUGGUAUUGUAAAUUUCUCUUUUGGCAUGGCGGAGUGCCUGCAGCAUGGUUGAUUCAUAACGUCACUUUCAGGACCCUGGACGAGGGCAUUUCGUCAUUGCUGCGGGAAACAGUGGUAGCAUGUGCAAGCCCUAGCUCAACUCCCCAUUCCGACACUACAAAAGCCCUUCGAGCUAACAUAGGUUGAAGAGCUCCGUACUCUCUACACCUCUGCACAAUUCUGCAAUUUGUUGCCUGUCAUGGCUCAAUUGCACCAAAUUAUCCAGUAUUUGUACAAUCAUCCCAUCUUAUGGGUGUACCAAUUAAUCCAAUGGGUUUUGGACAAGCUUCUUGCACCUGCACCACCACCCCCGCAUGCAAAGCUUAGCAGGCCGAAGAUUGCCAUUAUUGGUGCUGGCUUGACCGGUGUCUCAUCAGCUUCACACUGCGUCGGUCAUGGCUUCGAUGUCACCAUAUUCGAAGCGGGCGACCGCAGCAAGCUGGGAGGAAUUUGGAGCCGCGUGAACAAUACUUCAGGUCUCCAGAUACACAGUCUCAUGUACCGUUUUCACCCUUCGAUUCGAUGGAACAGUGGAUAUCCGGACCGUAAGCAGAUUGUGUCCCAGAUAACGGAGCUGUGGAAGCGCUAUAAUCUUGAGGAACGAACAAAAUUCAACACACACGUCACCAAUGUGAAAAAGGAUCCGCUCGGUCGAUGGAUAAUUAACAACCCGUCGAAUGGCCGAUUUGAUGGUGUCAUUGCCGCUGUGGGCACGACAGGUGACCCUAAAAUGCCCCAUAUUCCUGGCCAAGAGAAGUUUAAAGGCGACAUCUAUCAUUCCUCCGAACUCGAUGGAAAGGAUGCAAAGGGAAAGAAAGUCAUCGUCCUCGGAGGCGGUGCGAGCGCCGUCGAAGCGCUCGAAUUUGUGACAGCUGAGAAAGCAGAGAAGACGAAGAUUCUCGCGAGGUCUGAGAAAUGGAUCAUUCCUCGUAACCCUUUAAUAGACAUGCUUCUUGCUCUCAACAUAUUUGGAGAAGAGACAUGGCUUUCUUGGAUCCCUGAGAACCUACUCCGCAUCUUCUUUUACCGCGACCUCUCAGACCUAUCACCGCCCAAAAAGGGUCUUUUUACGGAUACUCCAAUGGUAAACAGCGACGUCCUUGAACAAGUUCGCUCGGGCAAAGCUGAAUGGCUACGCGGAGACAUUCUUGGUUUUGAAGAAAACGGUAUCAGAUUCAAUCUUCGUGCACAGGGCGUUCCCAAGGGCGGUCCAGGAAAAGAAAUUUUUGUCGAUGGAGAUCUUUGUAUUAUGGCAACUGGGUAUCAACGCCCCAGCCUCAGCUUUUUGCCCGACGAGGUCUUCAAGGAGCCCUAUUCCCCACCGAACUGGUACCUACAAACGUUCCCGCCGGAGCACAUGUCUAUCUGUGCCAACAAUUGCACCUAUGUCAACGCCAUUGGAACUGUUGGGAACUACCACAUUGGCAUUUAUACACGGUUUCUACUCAUGUUUCUCACCGACCCGUUAACCCGACCACAGGAGCGUCUGAUGAAACUCUGGAUUGAUAUGACGCGUUGGCUGAAGUCCAAGGCGCCGGGUGGGGCUUUUGACUUCUUCACCUACAGUGAGCUAAUCUGGUGGUUUUGCUUUGUGAUUGUGAUCAAUCCUUUCCGCUGGAAGUGGGCGUUCUUUGUUCUCUUUGGUAUUGGAGGCUCUUUCGCCCACGAUGUGGUUAGAAAGGAGGAUGUUCUGCGAGAGAAGAUAGGAUACGAUACCAAUGGGUCAUACUCUGAUGAUUAGUUACUCAGUCAUUUCUUCUUCUUGAAGGAAAAGCAUCUGGCCUCUGCUCUGUCAAUUUGAUACUGAGUUUAAACCUGCUUUCACCACCAAAUAUUCAAACUCGAGCAACGUUCUAAUGUGAUUUCGUUCUUGCAUAUUACUUGCUAGAUGGUCGGAUAAUAUAUAGCAUUCUAAAAUGAACAUUACAUUCUAUAUAGUUUCUGAGUAUUAUUAGAAAUUACCAAUCCUCCUUACUGCGUCGUACAAUAACAUUGGCGGUCU